GCCUGGUGGGCGGAGUCUUGGCGCCGGCCUCAGAUCUCAGGGGAGCCGCGCUUAAGCACCCCAGGACUUGCAGCAUAGCCUGCAGGGUUCCGGAGGGGCACAAGCAUGGAGCGGCUUUGGGGUCUACUCCAGAGAGCGCAACAGCUGUCCCCACGACCCUCUCAGACCAUCUACAAGCGUGUGGAAGGCACCCAGCAGGGGCGCCUGGAGGAGGAAGAGGAAGACUGGGAGGAGGGGGCCGAACCCCCAGCCCACUUCUGCCCCAUGGAGCUGAAAGGUCCUGAGUCCCUGGGCUCUAGACCAGGCCAGCAAAAUGUCAUACCCUGGGCAGCAGCAGGACGAAGGGCUGCCCCCUACUUGGUCCUGAUGGCUCUACUGAUCUUCACUGGGGCCUUCCUUCUGGGAUAUGUGGCCUUCCGAGGGUCCUGUCAGGCAUGUGGGGACUCCGUGUUGGUGGUCAAUGAGGACACCAACGAUGAGCCGGGCCUGGACUCCCACAAGGGCACGUUGUACUGGACGGACCUCCAGGCCAUGUUCCUGCGGUUCCUGGGGGAGGGGUGCCUGGAAGACAUUAUCAGACAAACCAGCCUUCGGGACCGAGUAGCCGGCUCCGCCGGGAUGGGCGCCCUGGCUCAGGACGUCCGCGCGGCGCUCUCCCGCCACAAGCUGGACCACGUGUGGACCGACACGCACUACGUGGGGCUGCAGUUCCCGGACCCGACUCGCCCCAAUACCCUGCACUGGGUCGAUGAGACUGGGAGGCCAGGGGAGCAGUUGCCACUGGAGGACCCCGACGCCUACUGUCCCUUCAGCGCCACCGGCAACGCCACGGGCGAGCUGGUGUACGCCCACUACGGGCGACCUGAGGACCUGCAGAACCUACGGGCCAGGGGUGUGGAACCGGCUGGCCGCCUCCUGCUGGUGCGCGUGGGGGUGACAAAUUUUGCUCAGAAGGUAGCCAGUGCCCAGGACUUUGGGGCCCUAGGAGUGCUCAUAUACCCUGACCCAGCAGACUUCUCCCAGGAUCCACACAAAGCAGGCUUGUCCAGCCACCGGGCGGUGUAUGGACACGUACACCUGGGAACUGGGGACCCCUAUACGCCUGGCUUCCCUUCCUUCAAUCAAACCCAGUUCCCUCCAGUUGAAUCCUCAGGCCUGCCCAGCAUUCCAGCCCAGCCCAUCAGUGCAGACAUUGCCUCCUGCCUGCUGAGGAAGCUCAAAGGUCCUGUGGCCCCCCAGGAAUGGCAGGGGCAUCUCCCAGACUCCCCUUAUUACCUGGGCCCUGGGCCAGGCCUGCACCUUCAGGUCAACAACCACAGAGUCUCCACCCCCAUCAGCAACAUCUUCGGCUGCAUCGAGGGCUUCUCAGAGCCAGAUCACUAUGUUGUCAUCGGGGCCCAGAGAGAUGCAUGGGGCCCAGGAGCAGCCAAGUCUGCCGUGGGGACUGCCAUAUUGCUGGAGCUGGUGCGGACCUUUUCCUCCAUGGUGACCAAUGGCUUCCGACCCCGCAGAAGUCUUCUCUUCAUCAGCUGGGAUGGAGGCGACUUUGGGAGUGUGGGCUCCAUGGAGUGGCUGGAGGGCUACCUCAGUGUGCUGCACCUCAAAGCUGUGGUCUAUGUGAGCCUGGACAACGCAGUGCUGGGGGAUGACAAGUUCCAUGCCAAGACGAGUCCCCUUCUGAUUAGCCUCAUUGAGAACAUCCUGAAACAGGUGGACUCUCCUAACCACAGUGGGCAGACUCUCUAUGAGCAGGUGGCGUUCACCAAUUCCAGCUGGGAUGCUAUGGUGAUCCGGCCCCUGCCCAUGGACAGCAGCGCCUAUUCCUUCACAGCCUUUGCAGGGGUCCCUGCCGUGGAGUUUUCCUUCGUAGAGGAUAACCAGGACUACCCGUUCCUGCACACGAAGGAUGACACAUAUGAGAAUCUGCACAAGGUCCUGCAAGGCCGCCUGCCCGCUGUGGCCCAGACUGUGGCUCAGCUCGCUGGGCAACUCAUCAUCCGGCUCAGCCAUGACCACCUGCUGCCCCUCGACUUCGGCCGCUAUGGGGAUGUAGUCCUGAGGCACAUCGGCAGCCUCACAGAGUUCUCUGGGGAUCUCAAGGCCCGUGGGCUGACCCUGCAGUGGGUGUACUCGGCGCGGGGGGACUACAUCCGGGCAGCUGAGAAGCUGCGGCAGGAGAUCUACAGCUCAGAGGAAAGCGAUGAGCGGCUGAUGCGCAUGUACAAUGUGCGCAUCAUGCGGGUGGAGUUCUACUUCUUGUCUCAGUAUGUGUCUCCAGCCGACUCCCCCUUCCGCCACAUCUUCCUGGGCCGUGGAGACCACACGCUGGGUGCCCUACUCGACCACCUGCGGCUACUACGCACAGGCAGCUCCGGGUCCCCUGGGGCUUCUUCCUCUAGGGUGGCAUCGGGCCUGGGCUUUCAGGAGAGCCGAUUCCGGCGCCAACUGGCCCUGGUCACCUGGACACUGCAGGGGGCAGCCAACGCACUUAGUGGAGACGUCUGGAACAUUGAUAACAACUUCUGAGGUUCCCCUACUCAGGGCUUCCGUAUGCCUUGGUGCUCCUGUUUC